AUGUGGAAGCCGAAGCUGAAUUUCAUAUCCCUCCAUUCGGCCAUAGAUGCCUUUUUCUUUGGUGCCAGUGGUUCGACCGAAUCCGGUCUCAACACAAUCGACGUCAAGGACUUGAAGACUUACCAGCAAGUGUACAUCUAUGUGAUCCCCAUGAUCACUAAUCUCAUGUUCAUCAACAUUGUGGUUGUCGUGGCGCGUCUCUACUGGUUCCAGCAGCGACUGAAGAACAUUGCCAAAGAGCGGACCCUAAGCCCGUGUGCCGAAGAUCUAGAAGCGGGUCCUCCCGACCAGGAAGCCGAAGCGAGAGGUCGCGAAAGCGCCUUGGAUGAGACACAUGCCGAGCAAAAAGCUGUUCAAACUGGCCCUUCGGAAUCGAAGCAAAAUGAAACCGUGGAUACGGGGCUUGCAUUUGGUCCCAGAGCAACCACCAUCACCUUUGAGGAGAAUCUCCCCAACCGCGGCCAAUCCACUGCCGAUAACGCAGUCCUCCACGUCCCAGGACCUCGAGACCGCGAUGAUGGUACGUAA